GGGAAGAAUGGGGAUUCGUUGCUUCGUUUUAUUUCUCGUAUCUUUUUCUUUUCGUUUGUUGUUGUUAAGUUUUCCUUACUGGAUCUGGAUUUUGGAUUGGGGGCGUCAUUCGUUUUGUUGGCUCAUUUUGUUUCUUAACCUCGUAUUUGCUUUGGUAUCGUAAUAGCAAUGGAUCAACCACCGCGAAGCCAAGACAACGUGGGAUACCCGCUGCCUCCUCAUUCCCUUUACUCAGGAGUUGAAUUGGGGCCGAGAUCCACAGAUCCAUCCACUUUUGCACCGUCGCCCAAACCCAUACCACAGCCUCAAACACAAGCGCAAAUACCAGCAGCGUCACAGCCGAUAAAACAGUUAUCCCACCCGCCACUGAUAUCAAUGGGAUCGGAACCCACCGCAGCAUCGAAGCAAAGUGAUGUGAACUCUGACAACUGCAAUGGUCCCAGGCAUAGCGUAGAUGAGAUCCCGACCGUGACAAUUUCGUUGAUUAAAGAGAUCGCCAUAGCCAUGGCAGAUGAAAUGACCAGGAAAAAUCCCACAGCCGAUUUAGUGCACUCUGCGUUGGAGGCAGAGUUCGCCGUUAACAGGUUGCGUGCCGUUUUCUCAGAUUCAGGGGCGCCUGGGCUACCUUGGCGGCGUAAAGUUUGCUUGCCGUUCGGUUUGACAUUGGAUCGGUAUAUAAUUCUCCCCAACGCUGUGGAGAUGGAACGUUUGAGUCCGGAAGUGAUCGAGCUCGCCAAAAAGAACCUGAGCUAUCAGACACGAAGGAGGGAAACUCUACCUCUGCAUGACGUCAUCGGAGGCUUAAACACAGCAAUUACUCAGGGUACACUUUUGGCCGUGGAAGAUGGGACGAUAUUAGUGGACCUUCGUGAAAACCUUGUCGUGAAGGUUGGCCUGUACAAUAUGCUCGAUGACAUUUCAAUGCUGCGAUAUAUCAGAGAAAAUACCCAAAUCCCGCUACCAGUAACGCACGGCUGUCUUAGAGCCGUAGACAUGCACGCGGAAUGGGGAUUCCUGUUCAUGUCAAAUUAUUAUGAUAACGGAUGCACACUGGAGGAGCUCUGGGGCCAGCUCAAUCAUACAGAGAAAUGGUCAAUAGGCGUCCAGCUAAACGGCAUUUUUGGAGCACUCAGAUCCGUUGAACUCCCAUGCCCAUUUCCAGAGUACCGAGAAAUACUUGGUGGUGGCUCCCAAUGUCGUCGCUGCAAAGAUUCACGAGGAUUCACGUAUUUAGCAACCACCCCUAUCAGCAACGAAGACGAGUUCAAUUCGUUUCUCACUCGCCACCCUUGUGAUAUCAACGAGCGGAGUUUGGAAAUUAAGCCUCGUCUUCAAGAGAAUCACAAGCUGGUGAUGACCUAUGCGAAUCUCCAUCCUCGGAACGUUAUAAUAAGCCCUUGUCGUGUCCCAGAGAGUACUCUGAGCCUGCCUCAGCAGCUACAAUAUGAAGCCGCACGCCGGGACUGGCGUGUGACGUGUCUUGUCAACUGGCAGAGGGGUGGGGUGUACCCUGAACACUGGGAAUACGUAAAAGCUCUGAACCCAGCUGACACCGCGGGAUGUCCCCCACAGUGGUGGUACUACCUGCCACGCUCGAUUGGGGUGUGGCCGCGGGAGCAUGCGGUUGAUAACUUGAUAGUAGUGCCAUAGAUAUAUUCUUGUAUAAUUUGCUUUGGAAACGGUUUUGAUUAUUUUACCCCUUUCCUUCCGUUCUUUCUUGAUGUACAAAAAGGGGGGCUUUGUGAUUACUUCUCUCUGUCAUUCUCUUUUUUCUGCUUCAGAGCUGUUUAUCAUAUGUUUCUUCGGUGGCUUUUAUUGCAUUGGGUUCGUGCCCAAACAUCGCGGUUAAUUGAAAAAGUGGGGAGUAAGAAGCAUAAAUUCGCAAUUCAAAGACGUCAACUUACCUGUGAUUUUAGCUUCUCUUACGUAUUGAGAAAUGUAGUUAG